AUGCCUCCUGCCCCCCUGCGCCCACCCCCAGAGAUGUGUCUGCGCGGGGCCGUGCUGGCCCUGUCCUGCGUGGCAGCUGCGGCCUGGCUGCAGGUGUCGGUGGGCCCCUCGCCGGUGCGGGCGCGCCCCGGGCAGCGCGUGGUGCUGGAGUGCCUCGUCGGGGCCGACUACCCGCCCCUGGAGCUGGAGCAGCUGCAGGUGUGCUGGCGGCACGAGGGGCGCACGGUGCUGGAGUUCGCCGGGGCGGUGCGGGCGGCGCGGGCGGGACUCAGCCUGGCCGAGGACGAGGUGAGGAACGGGAACGUCUCGCUGGUGCUGCAGCGCGUCACCGCCAGCGACAGCGGGGAGUGGACCUGCUACAUCCUCUACCCGCCCGACCAGGCCCAGGGCAGCCUCACCCUGCGCGUGGCAGACCCGAUGGUGCCCCCCGAUGCCUGCCCCCUGGGCGGGGGCACCCCAUGGCUGCGGCAGCUGGAGGAGGUGAUCGGGGGCUGCGUCCGCUCGGCCAGCGAGCUCCAGCGGCACCUGGCCCGGCUGGCUGCCGAGGUGAAGGAGUGUCUGGGCAGCCCGGAGGCCGAGGAGAGCCCACCCCGGGCACAGGCUGAGAGCGCCAACCAGACGGCACAGGCGUGAGCGCUCGGUCGUCCGCCCAGCGCCCGCUGGGCUCGCAGCGUCCCCGGACACAGCUCCCGCAGCAACGGGGCUGGGAUCCCCGGGGACGGACGGGGACACCCACAUCACAGCAACGGCUUCGCUUCUGCAGGGUGUGACCGCAAAUCCGGGGGGCCGGGAUCCUGCGCGCACAUGGGGACACAGGCCCCGUCUCCCCUAAGGGGCUCUGGGAUGUCUCGAACCGCUGGGGAUGCCAGGGGCCGGAUGUCAGAUGGGGGAGGCCGGCUGGGUACCGGGGCUGACGGCUGGGCGCCCAUGGGGGGGUCUAUUUGCCUGCACUGUGGCUGCGCCGCUGGGAGACCCCGGGUAGCGAGCUGGGCGGGGACAGCGGGGGUGGGGGGCGUCCAUGGGGGGCUGUUGUUCGGCGUGUCGGGAGGGGGCUGCGUGGCGUGUGAUCAGCUCCCAGCGCGGUGCCAGCUGCAGCGCGCGGAUACGGAAUAAAACGCUCGUCACGCUCCGUGUCCUGCUGCCA